GUUAUCGCUGAGUUCUAAGGUUUCCUGAUUUCGUUUCCACGUUUUCUAUCCGUUUUGAUCCCGAGCUUACAAAAAUAUACUGUAUCAUUUUGGGGGUUAUGUAAUUAUCAUACGUGUGUGGUGCUAACUGAGAAUGCCACCGCGGCGAAAGAGCUUGACUGGGCGGAGAGAAGCAAGCGCACGAAAGCAGAAAGCCACCCAAAGAAACUCCACAGAACGAGCUCAACAGCAGAAAAAUGAUCGCUUUCGUUACGCCAGAAGAACUACCGUAAGUCGUCCAACAGAAAAUGUACUGCAGUCGAAUCAGUCUGCUGUAAAUAAUAACAAUGUUGAACCUCAAGCUGAUAUGUCAGAUGUGUUUGAUGACCUGGGACUGGAUGAUGAUGUGUCCGUGCACAACGAACAGCCUGUUGAGAUUGUGGAGCAUGGUCUGGACAACCGAGAGCGACGUUAUUUUCGCCUUCCAUCAAGGGCAGCCAGAAAUUUUAUGGACGAAAGGAGUGUUGCUAAAUUAUCUAUUGGUCCCAUGGAUACUAUUUGCAAAUACUGUACAGCAUUCAAUUUCCCAUCGGAGAAAAACUUUAAGUGCUGCCACCGCGGAAAAGUAUCUCUGAGCGCUUUGACGGUACCAGCAGGGUUGGUAGAACUGGUGACUGGGGGAAACAAAGACUCUGAAAACUACCUGGAAUUUGUCCGACAGUACAACAGCGCCAAUGCGUUUGCAUCCUUGGGAGCAGAUAUUGCCCGGCCACCAGGAUUUGGGCCAUACACGUUCCGUAUCCAUGGACAAGUGCACCAUUAUUUAUGGACCGCUUUACCAGCAAAUCCUGCGCCACUGUCUUACGGAAGUCUGUAUUUUCUCAACACGGAGCAAGCAUUAAGCCAGCGCAUGAACCGGGACGAGAACAAGGUGUGCAAUCCGCUGAUAAUGGCUAAAAUUCAAAAGAUGUUGGUAGACUGCAAUCCGUAUGCGCAUUUAUUUCGCCACAUGGGGGAUGUUUUUCGGGACUCCGCGUCACUUCCUGCGGAGAUGCGAGAUGUGUCGGUUGUGUUUUUGCCACCAAAUGGAAGCGAUCCUCGACGAUACAAUGACCCGAGGUGCGGAGAAGUAGCUGCAGUAUUUGUAUCAACAAGCGGUGAGCCACCUGCAGAACGAGACAUCGUGGUGUACUCCAAGACUGACCGCCCCUCUCGCAUCUCUCCGUUAAGCCCCCACUGUGACCCUAUGGUGUACCCUCUUCUGUUUCCAAAAGGAGAAUUCGGUUGGCACCCGGCAAUGACGCACGAUGAGCAGCACAGAACAGCCAAACGCCCCCGUGUCACUCAACUACAGUUUUAUGCUUAUCGACUUGCUGUUCGAGCUCAGUUCAGCCUGCUUCAUGCGUCCAGCAGGCUGUUCUUACAAUAUGUGGUUGAUGUCUACGUGAAAGUAGAGGGAAGCCGUCUCCUGUUUAUACGCCUGAAUCAAAAGCGAUUUGCGUGCGGAGUCGUAUGCGGGGUUACUGGACCAUAUAAACACCGUUGCGGCUGAUAGCAAUGUAGCUGCCGGCAAGGUCGUUAUCCUUCCUUCCAGUUUUAUUGGUAGUCCGCGAAAUAUGCACCAAAACUACCAGGACGCAAUGGCUAUUGUGAGACGGUACGGAAAACCGGACCUUUUUAUUACGUUUACAUGUAAUCCGAAGUGGCCGGAAAUCUCAAAUAACCUGAAAAAAUGGGAAAGUGCCGAGUUUCGCCCUGAUUUAAU